AUGAAGCUUCUUCAACUUCCCAACGAGAUCCUGACCCGCAUCAUCUCCUUCCUCGACACCCCCAGCCCCUUUGAUGCCGACAUCCUGCAGAAGCCCAAGUCGGCUCUGAUCCCCUUCGAGUCCGAGGCCGGCAUCGAAUUGACCAGCAUUAAAGCCUCCGCCUUGAAGAACUUGACUCUGACAUGCCAGUUCCUCAGGGCCCUGACCCUCCCAGUUCUGUUCAAGCACGCCGUGCUCCAUCCGCUACUGCUGACCGACUUCCUCUCCUUCCUCAAGCGGCAUCGCCUGAACCAACAUGUCGUCAGCGUUGUCGCGCACGUGCCGGGCCAUUACAACCACGUCCAUCCCGCCUGGUGGGCACGCUUGCUCAACGAAGUGCCCGCCACCCGCCUCAACAUCGUGGCGGCUCCCGAGAUUUUCGCCGAGCUGGCCGGCAUCUCUUCGUGGACCAGCGACGCCUGGGCCUUUGACAUGGCGUUCCAGAUCCUCCAGCUCGACCAGACGCCAGAGGCUGCCCGGAUGGAGAUCGACUACGACAACCUCCCGAAUUUCUUAGUGGCGCGACCGUGGCAGAAGAUGGUGGUCAACGAAGGGUCCAGCCUGCAGGCAUACACGACCUACGAGUUCUUCCUACGGCGGACCCCGUCGCUGAUGACGGCGUUGCACUCCAACCACUCGGCAGCCGGGGACGCGCUGUUUGCGAACCUGCAGAGCUUCGACUUCGUGGCCAUUUUCCCUUUCUACAACCACGUGGACGAGGUGCUCAAGUGCGUGCGCAAGAUGAGACAGCUGCGGCGGCUGUUCGUCAAGUUGUGUCCGGAGCCGAGCAGCACGGUGUUCCACGACGAGAUCGAGAUGGCGGGCGGCGCGCUGGACGUGCACGACCCGUGGAACGAGUGCGAGACCUCGUGGGUGCUGGUGGCGCACAGCGUGGUCUUUCUGGGCACCGAAGGCCACUUGUGCGAGCUGCAGAUGGACGACGUCAGGAUCGAAGGCAUGCGGCAGACGCUCGAACAGUGCAUCAGCUCUGUGCUGCCGGAGCGGCAAUGCUGGCGGUAUGAAGAGCCGGCAUCUGGCAUCUGGCGCCGGAGAAAUGAUCCGGCAUCUCUGCAAGGGGGAUAG